AAACUCAGGGGUGGAAAACACAACGUGGCUUUUGUGAAGCGCUUGUGGGCGCCAGGCAAACACAACUGGACAAUUUCUCUCGUUUCAGAUACCGACGAAUGCAACGCCGGGUCUCACUGCUGUCAACAAGGGUGUUACAACUACCCCGGGGGUUACGAGUGUGUUUGUUACGCCGGCUACCUGCUCAACCCCACGGGUUGCGGUUGCGAUGAUGUGGACGAGUGUUCGGCGAAUAACGGGGGCUGUGAACAUUUGUGUCGAAAUCUGGUCGGCUCCUUUCUCUGCAGCUGCCGGAUUGGGUUCAAAUUAGGCGAGGAUCGCAGAAGCUGCCUGGGUGAGUGAGGAUUUCCACGCAGCAGGGGCAACCGGGGGUUCGCGAGUUUGGGUGGGGAUGUGAAAAUCUCAUAUUCAGAGGGUAACCGAAGGGAUUGUUUUUAAGGGGCCGCUUCAGGCUGGGUUUUGUGUCUUUCGCUCUGCACAUGUUUCUAGUCCUCUCUGUUCCCACCUUUUUUAUGGGACAAUCGCUUGGAGGGGUUUGCGCUCUCUCGCCAUAGACCUUGAGGAGCCCACGGAGGCCGUGGAUGGACGGCGGCCCGUGAUCCGUCCUCUCCCCCACGUGGCUCUUUUCCACGAUGGGCUGACCCCGUUUUUGGAGGAAGACUACGAGGAUGAAGAGGGGGAAGGAGCCGAGGCCAGAGGAGAGCACACCGUCGUGGAGAAGUUCAGUAUGUGAAGAUUCCUUCCUUCCUUCCUCCCUCCCUUCUUUUCUUACACCU